UGGAAGGGAAGAAAAGUGAUUAAAUAGCGCUUAUAAUUGAUUGUGAGGAUUUGAUGGAAGAACAUCUCACUCCAUUGGCUGUUACCCAUCUCCUUCAACACACUCUCAGAAGUUUGUGCAUCCAUGAAAAUUCUCAAUGGGUCUAUGCAGUCUUUUGGAGGAUCUUGCCUAGAAACUACCCUCCACCCAAGUGGGAAGGACAAGGGGCUUAUGACAGAUCAAGAGGAAACAGAAGGAAUUGGAUAUUGGUCUGGGAAGAUGGUUUCUGCAAUUUUGCUGCCUCAACAGCACCUGAAAUUAACUCUGGUGAUUGUCCUCCCUCAUCGGUUUAUGGGAACUGUGAAUUCCAACCCUACCAAGGGCUGCAACCGGAGCUCUUCUUCAAGAUGUCACAUGAGAUCUAUAACUAUGGAGAAGGGUUGAUAGGAAAAGUGGCUGCAGAUCACAGUCACAAGUGGAUAUACAAAGAGCCUAAUGAUCAAGAAAUCAACUUCUUGUCAGCAUGGCAUAAUUCAGCUGACUCGCACCCUAGGACUUGGGAAGCCCAGUUUCUGUCUGGUAUAAAGACCAUAGCCCUUAUUGCUGUAAGAGAGGGUGUUGUUCAAUUAGGAGCCGUUCACAAGGUGAUUGAAGACCUGAGCUACGUGGUUCUAUUGAGAAAAAAAUUCAGCUACAUUGAGAGUAUCCCUGGCGUGCUAUUGCCACAUCCAUCAUCUUCUGCAUACCCUUAUAAGGUAGAAGGCUAUAGUGUACCAGAACAGUGGCAUUUCCAAGGCAACCUUGCACACCCAGCUGAAUUAUAUGACCACUUCAACAUGCCACUUAAGAUAACUCCAUCAAUGAGCAGCCUUGAGGCCUUACUCUCUAAGCUCCCUUCAGUGGUGCCACCACCACCACCAACACAACCACAGUCUCAUGUUUUGCCAUCCCAAAGGUCAUUAGAAUUCAUGGGAAUGCAAAAAGUGGCAAAAGAAGAGUUAGAUGAUGAGGUAUACAGGCCUGAAUUGGAUAUAGGUGAGAGUAGUAGUUCCAUUCCAGGAUACCAUUAUUUCCAUCAGCAACAAGAUCAGAAUGUAACUAGGAGUGGAGCCAAUAAUGAUUUUGAGUAUUAGACUUAUUUGAAAAG